UAGUAUCAUUAGUUGUGUCAAGGCACAAAAUCGCAUAGGCAUUUUGCUAAGGCAGCUUUCAGGCCUACAAUACUAGGAUCUUCCUGGUGGACUGCCUGCCAUGCUCUUGCAUUGGCCUGCACCUAGUAACUUGCUUAGGCCUUUGGCUAGUAGGUGGCUGGUCGAUCUUUCCAGGUCUGCUGAACUUAUCGAUAGCAUAGGAAAUGUUUUGCUGACAUACAAAACUAUUGUAAGAGCACAACAAGUUGUGAAGCAGUCUACUCAGUCCAAGAAUUCAGCUUCUGAAUCUCAGUACAUCUAUUCUGUGCUGGGUUGAGAGUCCAACUGAAGCAAUGGACAUGGAAACUACUGACUUGGAAAUGGAGAGAACAGCUUCAGACCUGCCAGCAGGUGACAAGGGGCUGCCCCAAGGAGGCUUUUUUUUUUUUUUGCCCCUGACUCUUAUUUGGCUUUGAUCUCUUUUAUGAGGUUCAGGAGACGAAAACCUCAUUACCAAACACUGUUGGAUGUCGACGUGUGUGUGAUAUGGCUGUUUUCCAGCAUCUUAAUUGGGAAUUCAUGAAGGCAGAGGGCGGAUGCCAGUUCUUGAAAAGUGCUUUUAGCCUUUCUGCUGGGAAGAAGGCUUUUAUUAAUUCAUUACAAAAUGUAUUAAAAAGGAUCCAGCUCAACUCCGUAAGAAGGGCUGUCAUUCACCCUUUCUGCCUGCAUGUGAGAGGCUCUGGGCUUCCCGCCCAAGACUGCCUGAGCAAAUGAGAUUUGUAAUAAACAUACAAGUCAGUUUGGAUUAAAAUUCAUCCCCAGCCUCCAUAUUCUAGGAGGCCUCCAGAUCGCACAAAAGCAAAGCCAGGAUUCAGCAAAAAUGGCUCUGUGCCUGGCGGUGCAUCUUGUAGCAAGGGAUGCAUCUGGUAUCCGAACACUGACAUGUACAGACCUGCUGGGCUCCCACCGCCUCCUCCCCAAGCACAGCUGGCAGUCAGGUAGCAAGACAGCGACCUGAGGAGGGACAGCAGCAUCCGUGCCAAUGGCUCGCACAGUGCUGGAUGUUAAACUCCUGCUUCAAUUCUUGUUUUAAAGUGAGGUUGGCACUAACUGACAGUGUCUCCUUGAAUGAAAUCCUCUAACUGCCUGCUAAGACGAGCAGUGCUAAGACUACUGUAGAGGGAAAGCUUUCCAUGUUCUACACCUCAUCCCUUUUCUGGAGGGAGAUGCUCCACCUCCUUGCCCCAAUCCCUGCCCUAGACACCAAGGGUGAAGGAGGAAAUUGUCUCUACAACCCCUUCGCUAGGCCGCCUGCCAUUCAGGGCCUGGCCAUUUUGAGCUGUGAUGGGGGGUCUCGGUGGUUCUUCACAAGGAGCCUGAGCUGCUACCCUCCUGUUUCGCACAGGCCUCUGAUAGAUCAGGGCUGCACCUCGCCAGCCUUCCCAUGCUUCGGUUAACAAGAACAAAUGCUUUCCACCCACAGUUAGUUCAAAUGCACGUGUGCUCCUAGGAGAGCUACCCCUGGGAUUUUGCAGAAGCUUUACAGGUUCUCUCGUUCUGUGGUUUCAGCUUCUAUGGCACCCCUGGGAGAUUCCCCAGCAAGAAGCCAUCCUCCAUCAGGUUGCUCUGAUUCUUCCCCUGCUGUUCUGUUUUCCUUUAAUUCUGUAUCUAGGGAAGGGGCUGGUUGGACAGUUUAGCCAGUGAGAAAUACACACGCAGUCACGAUAUGUCUGAACUGCUGCUCUGGCACUCUGAGGGCAGCACCACUCUGAAGUCUGCCUACCUGCUACGAUACCGAUCCAGAAAUGCUUUUGUGGGCAGGCCGUCAAGCAUGCAAGAAGCAAAGAUCUCAAAGGCAUUGGCAGCAGGGCACCCCCAAAGCAGCUUUGCUGCCUCAUUCCAGGUGUGGCACAUGCAAGCAGCAGCAGGUGAGUAGGAUGUGCUAAAAAGCAGCACUCCCCAGGAGCACCAGGGAAGCAAAGUAGACCAUACCCACAGGGCCUUGGCUCCCAGAUCUGAACUCUCCAGCAAAGGCAGUGGUCCUGCUGUAUCAGGAUAGUGCCAGUGGAGCCUUCUCUGAACUAUACUCUGCCCUUCCCCAGAGCCUUUCAUCUGAGGAUCUCAAGCACUUCAUCAACCAUUAGUCCCGGUGAAGUUGGUAGUGUUCCCCCAGUUGACAGGUGGGGAAACCGAGGCACGUAUGCCAGCUGCCACUGUGGUGAGGUAGUAAGUCAUUAGUAGUGACAGGACAGAACCCAGAAAUACUGAGUCCAGUCCCCUCUUAACACAGCCCACGAUUUGGGGAAAAGGAGGAUUUCAAAGGAAGAGAUUUGGGUCUUACCGUAAUGAUCUCCUUUCCCUGUGUGUCUGCUACAGAUUUUUUCCCCCUUCCUUUGCCUCAAGAUCAGCAGAGCCAUUUGUGUGGCUCUGAACAGUGAAUUUCUGCCCCUUCUUGAGCAGUAGGAGCGUACCUUUGUUUUAGACCACUGGCACUCAACUUAUCUGACCCCAUGGGCAGGAUGAGUGGGGCUGGGUCAGUCUGCAAGCCAGAUCCCAUGCAGAGGGUCAGUCUGAAGGCCUGAUUUAAGCCAGGGGCAGCACACAGUCAGUCCAUGCGUAUGACUUUGCACGCUGGCCCAGCCCCACAUGCAAGAUCCUGCUGUGGACUGACACCACAUAGCCGGUGCCGUCUGGCAUGCACAGCCAUGUCAUCUGGCCCACUGGGCUCCUUGUAGCUCUGGAAGUUUGGCAGUGGGGGAGCAGUGGGAACAUUAAUUGCUGCAGGUCUGGGAGGGGCACCUGUAGUGCACGGGUUGAGUACCACUAUUUUAGACUAAGUGAAAUUAAAACAGAUGGAAUUACUACCCAGCUCUGCAGUUUCUUUGGAGAUGCCUGCCAGGAGUUUAACCCAUAUUAGCUCAGCAGCCACAUGUCUGCUGCUCACUUGGAACCUAUAGUCCUGUAAAAGACAGAAGUGUAUGCCCUGCUGCAGUGAGAGCCACCUCUGCUCCAUCAUCUCCCUCCCGUUGCUCUCUGCUGAGCCACUUGCCUGAAUCCCCUCUUGCCCCUAUUGCUAUAUGCAUAGUCAGCUCAGCUGCCCUUCCCUUGACAGCCCCUGCCAUAGCCUAUGUGUGCUUUCCCAGAGUAGAGUGUGUGAGAGUUGUUAAUUAGCCCAGGAUUGAGCUGUAACUGGCUAAUCAGGGAUCAGAGUUAUUGAUUUUCCUGUGUAAUUAUUGGUGGCAGUGUUCUUCCUUUGCACUUCCAGUGUGGCUGGGCACCAGUCCUUUUGGCCUCUACAAUCCAAGGCAGCUGCAUUUAAUUCCACCAGGUUAUUUGAUGCAACCUCCCAGGUUCUGAAGCAUCUCACCAGGCCAACAGGGCAGGCCUAGUCCUUCUAGCAGCUUGCUGGGCCUCAGCCCUGCUUCUACAGCCUGUGGACUGCAUGGGGCUGUGGCUGCAGCAGAGCUAGCGAUGAUUUUCAAACUUAUUAACAACAGGUUCUUUGUUCCCUGAUGUUUCCCCAAUUGGAUUGCAAACCUAUAAGGCAGAGCUUUCCCUCAGGAUGCAUAAAAUCUUGGCCACCGGGCUUGGAAGAGGCAGGAUUCCCUGCAGAAUUGUUCUGCUUUGGCAUGCUUCCUUCCCAACUGAGUCCUCCCCAAGCUCAAACAUAUCAAUCACUCAUGGGUGCUUAUCCAGCCAGGUUUUGCUUUAUUAGGUUUUUUUCCUUCCCACCCUAUAAUGAAUGCAGCUUCUUGGAACAUAAAUGAGCUCUCCAAAUAGCCAGUUAUUUUAGUUAGCUGCAAUAGCUUCCUGCUGCGCCGGGACUGGCGCCAAGUGUUCAGGGCAAGAUGCAGAUAGUGCUCAGCAGGACAGAGGCAGUGCUGAUUACUGUCCUGGCUGUACUCUACCAAACACCAGUAGAGUGUGUGCUGAGCCUGCUUUCUGUGUGCAGAGCUCAGCAUCCUUUUGAUUUAACCUGUGGGUGGGAGCUGCACCUUUGACCUCCUGGAGUCCCUUUCAACCCUGUUUUCCUAUGAUUAACAAGAAGUAUUGUCCAUCUGCUUUCCAGGGACUGCCAGCACCAGCUGAGGACAUUUGGAGUCAUUGGUCUGGGGUUUUGGCACAAAGACUGUCUGGGAUUGAGGUUUCACUGACUUGUGAGGGUGACUGAUACCCAUUUGCUGUGGUUUGUCCCAUGUCCCUCAUGCAUUCUGCUUGGGCUAGGGGCUAUGAAAAAAAAAAAGCAGUAAGAACAGCAGGCAACCCUGUGGCUUGUUUGAUUUGGGAGAUUGAUGGCUUGGAGAAGAAGCUGGCCUUGUGCAGACAGAACAUGGAGGAGGUGGACUUUAAACUGCACAGAGAGGAGCUGAGUCCUGAAAAAAGGAAGUCACUGGAGAGGGAGAAAACUUUGCUAAUGACCAAAGCUGAAAGCUAUGAGAAAGAACUGAGAAUUCUGCGUAAGGAAAACCGCAAGAAUGCGGCCCUUGCCAUGGCCCUGAUGCUGCUCAUCACUGUUAUUUAUGUCUGCUGGACCAUGUGAUUGUGUUGAAGAACUUGCAGCACUGGCUGCUGCAAAUAUCUCUCCCUCCUCUCACCAAAGUGCCUUCCUGCGAGUGUAAUCAGGUGUUCCAACUGCUGCUCCUCUAUUGUUAUCUGCAGGCUCCCUGGCCUGGGCAUUCUUGUGCUCAACAGCAGAGGGUCUUGGAGGAGAGGAGACGCGGACACCACUAGCCAAAACGCAGAUGAAGCCAUCUCAUCCAGUAUAAAGUGACCAGUCCUAUUGGGGAAGCCACAGUCUUUUAGCAGAGCAAAUGCACAUCCAUUUAAGGGGGAGGAAAGGCCUAUUUUCUCCUUUCAGGGCAGGGCCCUCCCUCCCUGCACCUUGGCUGCUUUUUGAAAAGUCCUAGAGCCUGAAAUCCUCUCUGCUCAGCCUGCCAAGAACUGGGGUGAGCUUCCCUACUACUGUACCUCUGCCACAAGGGGCCAAUCACUGAAGCUCAGACAUUAGUCCCUUUGCCAAGGUUGCUAGAAGCCCCGAGCAUGGGUAGUAAUUUUAAAACAUGUUCCUACCAACACUAAUGGGGCCAGGAGUCAGUCUGACAAAGGCAGGUCUAUGGACUGGGCUGACUCCCUGCAGCUCAAAUAAA